CCACCCCCUUCUUCCUGAUGUCUUUGCACCCCCCGUCGGCGACCAUGUCGCACCCCGGCCUCACCCUCGGCGGCCUGUCCCUCCUGGCGGCGAAGUGGCUCGCCGAGCUCCGUGCCGCCUGGCCGUCCCACGCAGAGGCCCUGAAGCUAGCGCUGCAGCGCUUCUUCCACCAGUGGCGUCAAGACGUGCAGAAGCUCACCGCGCGGCAGUGGGCUUCGCUCGCCGUGCUGGCGCUGCUUGCAUUCCGCGGGGGCCUGCUGCAGAAGUUCUUGGACCUCCUGCGAUGGUCGCCGGUGCGGAAGAAUUUUCUAAAGGACGCGCCGGCUGGCCGUGGCGGCGCGCAUUUCGGGGACUACCGCCAGGCGCUCCCGAAGUGGCUCGCCGACGGUCUCCAAGAGCACAGCUUCACGGAGAUGAAACCCAUCCAGCGGAAGGUUCUGCCAUUGGCCCUGGCGGGGCACGACGUGGUGGCCACGGCGCCCACCGGCUCCGGGAAGACUUUAGCUUUCUUGGUGCCGGCCAUGGUGCAUGCGACCAACCAGUCGAGCCCACGUUCCGUCUCGGAGGGUCCCAUCGCCUUGAUUUUGGCGCCCACACGUGAGCUGGUGAUGCAAAUCAAAACCGUGGCGGAGAAGCUCACGGCGCGCGCGCGGCGCAGCUGUACCGUUGCCGCUGUCUAUGGGGGUCAGCGGAGGAUGGAUCAGCUGCAGAUCUUGAAGCGGCAGGGGGUCAUACAUUUGCUGGUUGGAACCGUCGGGAGAUUGCUCGAUUUCAUGCAUCCCAGGCCCGGCGAUCAGAAGGCCUUCAAGCUGACAAGGUGCAGCUUCCUGGUCUUGGAUGAAGGUGACAAGAUGUUGGACGACGGCUUUGAAGAGGAGGUGGCCCUUAUUGGGGCAGAGGCGCGGCGCGACAAGCAAGUGCUCUUCUUCUCGGCCACCUGGCCUCCCUCGGUCGAGCGCUCGGCGCGCGCCCUGUGUCGCGCCGCGCCACGACGCGUGGCUCUGGAGCCUGAAGAGUUCGAAGACCGAGGAGAUCAGAGCCGGGCCCUGCCGCCCAGCGCCAUCCGGCAGAUCGUCGAGGUGCCAGAGAAUGGUGAGCAUGACAGCAAGCUGCCAAUCCUUUUGCGCUACCUUGAGGACUCAAAGCUCGCGACUCCCAUGCAGCAGGGUGGAGGCAAGGUGCUGAUCUUCGUGCGGACCAUCACCGCAGCGGAGGAUUUGGCCACACUGCUGCAACAGAAGUUUGGUUCCAAGUGUGAUGCCAUGCAUGGGAAGCGUAAGCAGGAGCAGCGGGAGCAGUCCCUCAAUCAGUUCCGCAUGGGCCACACCCGGGCCCUGAUCGCCACUGACGUCCUGGGCCGUGGCGUGGACAUCCCGGACGUGACCAUGGUCUUCAUCUACGACUUCCCCGACGACAUUGAGACCUACAUCCACCGAGUUGGACGGACGGGGCGUAAUGGCCGCCAGGGCAAGGCAGUCUCCCUCUUCCAUCGGCAGUAUUGGAAUGCCUACUUGGCAAAAGAAUUGCAGGACGUCCUUCAGCGAUGUGAGCAGGAGGUGCCUGUGGCAUUAGAAGAAGCCGCCAGCGCCGAGAGCAGUUGGCAGGAUUGGAACUCCUCGCGGCAAUGGUGGCGUUAAAGCGCUGGCCUCACACGGCGUGCACCGCGAGGUGCAGCGACUGAUGAAGAACACAUGGCUGCGAGCCUGAGAAAGA